AUGCUUGAUUUCUUGAUUGAGCGUGCCCUCCGCAAGACGAAUGAUGAGACAGUUGCUCAAGGCAACCAGGCGACCGACGACGACGUGAUUGCUCAGGUGCAGACGUACUGGCAGACUGCCUACGACUACGCCAAGGCUUGUCGCGACGGCUUUGUCGCCUACGAUGCUGUGGUUCGUCGCCGCAUCAACAAGUCUGGUCUGAGCGAGACUGAGUACGCUCAAGCCUGUCAGGUUUCUUGGUUGCACAACCUUGAGCGGUACAUUGCUGCGGUUGGGACUGUUGGUGCGAAGCUUCCUAACAACGUUGUGAUUGACAGCACAAUUGAGGAUCACUUCCAGAAGACGGGUGGUGCUCACAAUGCGGAGAAGCGGUGGUACUACUAUGGUACUGACCUGCCUUCUGCUGUCCAGGCUCCGUCGGCUCCUUUUGAGAGGAUUUCCCUUUCAGCUUCCCUGACCAAGCCCACCCCAGGUGGUCGUUGCCGUCGUAGCCCCUCCUAUGAGAUGAGCCCUUCUGAGGGUCGCGGUGGAGCUGCUUAA